AUGGUGAAACUAAUUCACACGUUAGCGGAUCAUGAUGAUGAUGUCAACUGCUGUGCCUUCUCCUCUUCCCUCUUGGCCACUUGCUCCUUGGACAAACCAAUUCGCCUGUACUCCCUGAGUGACUUCAGUGAAUUGCCACACUCUCCAUUGAAGUUUCACACCUCUGCUGUCCGCUGCUGUUUCUCUGCUUCAGGGCAUAUUUUGGCUUUAUUUUCAACAGAUGGUACCACUGUCUUAUGGGAUACUCAAAACAGACAGACUUUGGCAGUGAUGGAACAGCCCAGUGGUAGCCCCGUGAGGGUUUGCCGGUCUUCCCCAGCCUCCACUUGUUUGAUAUCAGGGGAAGCUGAUGGAACUGUUGUUUUGUGGAAUGCACAGUCAUACAAGUUAUAUAGAUGUGCUAGUGUUAAGGAUGGCUCCUUGGUGGCCUGUGCAUUUUCUCCUAAUGGAAACCUCUUUGUCACUGGCUCCUCGUGUGGAGAUUUAACACUGUGGGAUGAUAAAAUGAGGUGUCUGCAUAGUGAAAAAGCACACGAUCUUGGAAUUACCUGCUGCGAUUUUUCUUCACUGCCAGUUUCUGCAAGGAUCGCAGAAGAUCAACCAAAGCAAUUUACUGAAGAUUGGUCAGAGGACGAUGUCUCAAACUGGCUUUGUGCACAAGAUUUAAAAGACCUUGUUGGUAUUUUCAAAAUAAAUAACAUUGAUGGGCGAGAACUGUUGAAUCUUACAAAAGAAAGUCUAGCUGAUGAUUUGAAAAUUGAAUCUCUAGGGCUGCGUAGUAAAGUUCUGCAGAAAAUUGAAGAGCUCAGGACAAAGAUGAAAACCCUUUCUUCUGGAAUUCCUGAUGAAUUUAUAUGUCCAAUAACUAAGGAGCUUAUGAAAGAUCCUGUCAUUGCAUCAGAUGGCUAUUCAUACGAAAAGGAAACAAUGGAAAAUUGGAUCAGCAAAAAGAAACGUACAAGUCCCAUGACAAAUCUUGUUCUUCCUUCAGUGGUACUUAUACCAAAUAGGACUCUGAAAAUGGCCAUUGAUCGAUGGCUGGAGACACAUCAAAAAUAA